AUGUCUGGUAGUGCGGCUCUUGUUACUAUCCAACAGGUCCUUGAGGCUCUCGAUGCCCUGUACAAUUCCAAAGACAAUUCAAAAUAUUCUAGGAAAGAGGCUGGAAUUUGGCUGGAAACCUUUCAGAAAACGUCAACUGCUUGGUCCAUUUCUGACAGUAUUGUUCGGCAAUCCAAUGUUCCAAGCGAAGCCCGAUUGUUUGCCGUACAAACCUUUCGUCAAAAGAUCGAGUAUGAUUUAGAUGAACUGGAUGUGGCUAGUCGUGAAUCUCUUCGUGAUGCUCUCAUUCAACUGCUUUAUGAUAAUAGAUCAGCUACCAAAAACAUAAAAACACAACUUUGCUUGUCACUUGCAGAUCUGACAAUCCAACUGCCUUCUUGGACCGAUCCCGUGUCGCAUAUGAUUCAAGUAUGCAGUAAUGAUUCUGAAAUGAUGGCCAUUUUAUUCAAAUUUCUUAGCAUUUUACCAGAAGAGUUGCUUUACAAUAACAAAAUCCAGAUUGACAAAAAUGUGAUGCUUUCUCAAACUCAGUCGCUAAUCACACGAAAUUCUGAAAAAGUAUUGCAGUUACUUUUACAUUACCUUCCUCUUGCAGGUUUCGAUGAUAUGAGAUGUGAGAUUCUCGUUUGCAUGAACUCGUGGUUGCGAUCUGGAGAUAUUUCUACUACCAUGAUCGAAAACACACCUAUUAUUGAUAUUGGGUUUCAAGCUCUUUCUUCUUCUGAAAUGUUUGAUACUGCAGUUGACAUGGUUUGCGAGAUCAUUGUACGAUCAGCAAAAAAGCCACUCAACACCAAGCUUUUGGAGAUUAUAUAUCCCAAACUGAUUUCUUUGAUUCCAAUUUUGCACAAGUCAUCAGACGACUAUACUGUUGUUCUUGGAAUUUGCCGUAUUUUUGCAGAGGCUGGAGAACGUUAUGCUGAACUCAUUGCCGGAAAUAUGGCAUCUUUUCAGGCCUUACUUGACGGUCUUUUAUUCUGCGUUGCGCACGAUGAGCUAGAGAUUGCCAAGAUCACCUUUAAUGUCUGGAACUAUAUUGCCGAAGCACUCCUUACACCACAAUACAGCGCAUGCAAGCUUCAGUAUCAUCCUAUUUACAGCAAGCUCAUUGACACUAUUUUAACGCAUUUACAAUAUCCAGAUGAUUUGACUACAUGGACUUUACAGGAACGAGACGAGUUUCGUGAUUUUCGUCAUGUUAUGGGCGAUGUACUCAAGGACUGUGUGCGAAUUUUAGGAGAUGAAGAAGCGCUUUCUCGGCCAUUUGCUAUUUUACAAACAUUCUUUAAUCCCGUCAAUGGUACUACUUCUUUGACAGAGAGUGGAGCAGAAUUAGCUUGGCCAAAGAUUGAGGCUCCGUUAUUUUCGCUCCGUGCAAUGUGCCGUGAAAUCAGCUUUUCCGAGUCGCGCUAUCUGCCAGAAAUCAUGUCUAUACUUUCUCGACUGCCAAACCAUCCAAAAAUCAAAUAUGCAGCUAUUCUCGUGAUAGGUCGAUAUGCAGAAUGGACUAACGAGCACCCUGAAAUGCUUUCAUAUCAACUAGACUAUGUCUCUUCUGCAUUUGAUCAAGAUAAAGAUACAAUUUCAGCCGCUAGUCAAACUUUUCGUGAUCUGUGCAAAUAUUGCAGCAAGCAUCUUGUCAACUUGUUGCCUCAACUAUAUUCAUUCUAUGUACGCACCGUUGAAUCUGUUUCCCGCGAUGACUGCCGCCAACUCACGGAAGCUGUAGCACAUAUCAUCAAAAUCGUGCCAUCUCCUGAAAUCGUUGCUGCAGUGCAACUGUUUGCUCUACCGAUUGCUCAAAAAUUACAUGCAUUUGUUGGACUUUCGAAUGAACCGAGCGCCGAUCAAAAAAAAGAAAUAGCAUGUGCCAUCAAUCAACUUUCCACCUUGUUUCGCUUUAUUUUGCCUGAUACUCCCUUGUCGCAGCCACACCCUUGUAUUGAUGUUGUAAAACAGAUGUGGCCCAUUAUUCAAGAAGUAUAUAAACGCUAUGGUAGCGACUCUUUCAUAGCUGAGGUCAUGUCGCGAUUGUUGCAAAACAUCCUUACUUCGUACAAUCAGCAUUCUCUUCCACUUCUUCCAAGUAUCAUUGAAUUGCUUCUACAGCAAUUUGAGUUGACCGGAUUUUCUUGUCAUAUUUGGAUUGCAGCGCGCUGUAUUCGUAACUUUGGAAAUGAGAAUACCGAUGAAGGUCGUCUUAUAUGUACUAUGGUUGAGAAAAUGGCCAGGCUUGUGUUUUCUUUAGUGCAAGCUUCAGGACAAAACAUAUCAGAUAUCGAUGAAGGUACGAACGAUGAUAGUUUUCAAAUGCUACUUGCGUUUUUUCUGGCAUGUAUACCUCUCAUGCGAGUUUGA